ACAAUUUGUAAUUUACCAUACGAUAUACCAUUUGAUGUGAUAUCUAAGCUUGGUGAAGGGGGUUUUGGACAAGUUUAUAAAGUUAAAUAUAGAAAUGACGAACAGUUUUAUGCUAUGAAGAAAUGUCUAUUAAAUGAUUUAACUGAAAAGGAAAAACAAAAUGUUUUGAAUGAAACCCAAAGUCUGAUAAAACUUCGGUCAGAGUUUGUGAUUCAAUACUACUAUUCAUGGAUUGAAGACAACUGUCUUUACUUUCAAAUGGAGUUAUGUUUAGAUAAUCUCAACAAUGUUUUUAAAAUCAAGAAAUCUUUGUUUAAUGAAUUGAUGCCUUGUUUUGAGUUUUAUAUUUCUUUGGAGAUAUUUAGAGAACUGACAAAAUGUGUUCAAUAUUUGCAUGAAUCGGAUCCACAGAUCAUUCACAGAGACCUGAAACCGGAUAAUGUGUUGAUUUCAAUGGAUGGAGACAUCAAGUUAUGUGACUUUGGUUUGGCUAAAAAUGUUCAUAAUAUUGAUUCGUAUAAUAUGUCUAAAGCUAACCAUACAGGAGAUGUGGGAAAUGUAGACUAUAUGGCACCGGAAGCC